GAGCAGUGCCCUUUCAAAAAUGGCGGCGCCCAUGCUCAGGGGUGUGAAGCAGCGAGGCUGGAGGCUGUGUGUCGCGGGACGCCGUUUAGGGGGAGAAGCGCCCCGGAGAGAGAUCAAUUUCAAGCUAGAUGAGAGAACGGCCCACAGCAGCUUGGAUCUGUUCAAAAAGAACACUGGUGUCAUUUACCGUAUGCUGGGGAUUGACCCCACCAGCGUUCCCCGGAAUCCUGAACGCUUCAGAGACUGGGCUGUAGUACUGGGUGACAUGGCUGUCUCCAGUGGGCGUCACUACUGGGAAGUGACUGUCAAAGAAUCACAGCAAUUCCGCAUAGGGGUAGCAGACGUGGACAUCUCCCGGGAAGGUUGUGUUGGAGUAGAUGACCGCUCCUGGGUCUUUUCCUAUGCGAACCGGCACUGGAAUGCCAUGUUCGCUAAUGAGACCACUCCAAUCAACAACAUCGGCCACCCAGAGAGAGUGGGUCUGUUCUUGGACUACGACAGCAAGAAACUCAGCCUGGUGGAUGUAAGCCAAUAUGUGUCCGUCCACAGCAUCUUUGCUGAGUUCCAAGGCCCCGUAGUGCCCGCCUUUGCCCUAUGGGAUGGUGAACUGAUCACGCAUUCAGGCCUCGAUGUACCUGAAAAUCUCGACAGGAACUGAAAACCUCUCAAGCUUAGUGAUGUUUGGAGAGACGGACAAACUGCUUGGAAUAUGAGGCUUCAGAGUGGUACAUAAAUGAAGGAAUCCCUCUCCUGCAAUACCCUUGUCAUAGGAGCCAAAGUUUCAUAUCUAUAUAUACCGUUCAACCCGUUGACUGUUUUCCCUUAGGAAAAGAUGAGACCUUUGGAUUCCGGGUUGAAACGUAUCUCAUUUGGAAUGUAGUAAGAUGUUAUUCAGAGCAUUGAGGACCACAUAUUUUGAUUUUCUGUCUCUGCUCCUUUAUUCUCGUAAAAGGAGGUUGGUUAGCUGUCUACAAACACGGGAUACGUUUGGCUUAAAUUAGGGUUUGUCCAUA